AGAGAAAGAGAGACGGCGAUCGCUUCACUUAGCUAUUUCAUUACCUUCACCCGAUCCUUGGCUGCAGUGCACACGGAGCCGCGAUCACGUUUUGUUCCUCGCCGCGAAUGGUACCGAUCGGCGCGAUUCUCGCGCACACGCGGACGAAUGGACCGCGCGUUACAUAAUAAAAAGACCGAGUGAUCCGUUUGCCGAGCAAGAACAACGAUCGCGGAUUUCUGCGGAUAGAGAAAAGGCGACAAUCGUGGACGAUCGUCCGAGGCGCUGGCUCCAGCGAGAUCGCGUGUUCGUUGCCCCGUGAGUCUCAGGAUGCCGCGGAGAAUCAACGUCUGCGCCACGGUGCUGCUCGCCCUACUCGAGCUGACCACGUCGGCCAUGGUCCUGCCGAGGCCGCCCUCGUCACCUAAUCACAUCCGCCAGGAUCCGCAGCUGUCCGCGCGCAAAUCUCUCGAGGGCAAGUCCCUGCACGAGGGCGUCCCGCGCGACACCAACGUGGAGAGACCCGAGGACUACAGGCUCUUCGAGAUCGAGCUGCAGAGCGCGGACGAGGUGGACGCCGUCAAUUUGCAGGGCCUGAUGCGCACGGUGCUGAAAGAGGAACAAGGGGCCAGCGUGGAACAGCGAACGCCGAACGACGGCUAUCCGAAUCCCGAGGUGAUCCCGCACUCGAUCCUCGGUGUGCGAGACAUGGGCUUGAGCCCGAAUUACCGUUUGGACACCUUCGACGACGACAAGCGCGCGUCGCUCAACCCACCGAAGCUGCCGAGCCUCGACGAGAAGCUGUACUACCUUAAGAGCGGCAGGCCCAAGGUCUACGUGAACGUGCGGGGACACAGCGGCUCCUUCCGCAAGGAUACCAUCGCCCCGCCGUCCACGGCGACCCCCAGCGAGGGCGCGGUAGGGUACCUCAGGGUCACGCGACCCUUCGAGAGGCAGACCGACUGGAAGACGCGGGACAAGAAGACUCGACCGCCCAAGAAGUUCGAUCGUCGCGUCGACGGUAUCGUUCUGAGAACCGAGGAGAUCGGCAAGACGAACGAUCAAGCUUACGACACGGACGAACAGUCGACCACGGAGAAUUCCAUGGUCACGUCCAGCGAACUACCCAAACAGAUACCCGCGCCGCCCAGCAAAGUCCACGGACGGAGCCUGAUGGCGCAGACCACGCCUGUGCAGAGGUACGCGCUUAGGAGGACAGACAUCCUGCCGGGAUACGGCUUCAUCGAGGAAUAAAAUCAAAUAUCUCUAUGAACAUUGAAAAUUUAACUUCUCUCUCUCUCUCUCUUUCUCCGAAAAGUAUGGAUUUAAUCGUGAUUCUGAAGAUUUGUAAUCGCAUUUGCUUCGUUGAAAGUACAAGCAAAAAAUACUUGGCGACGUAUUUUUAAACGAAAUGUUAAUUGCACAAUUAUUAAUAUUUAUCAUGUUCUUUCGGUAAAUCAUUAAUUACAGUUUGCAUUGUCGCAAAUGUUUUAUCCCAUUUCCUCAUAUAUUUUGAAAUUUCGGACAUUUCAUUGAGGAGUUAAUUGUGAUUACUUCAUCUUUCUUUUGAAGUGAACAUAACGUUUUCAAAAUUUGUAACAUUCGAUAUAAUUAAUAGAAUUUUAGCUAAAGAUAUUUGACGAUUAAAUAUA